AUGUGGAUUAUUCCAGGCCCAGGGAGUCUACGCCUCUGCAAGAGGCCUCUUGCCUUUCGAGGACUUCUCUUCAGGUCAUAUGCGACCAAGACCUCCGAUCCACUCCGCAUCCUCUUUUGCGGUUCCGAUGAAUUCAGUAUCGCGCACUUGAAAGCUCUCCAUGCUUAUCAUUUAAAACAACCAGAGCGUAUUUCUUCCAUUGAUGUUGUCUGUAGACCUGGAAAGAGAGUCGGAAGAGGAUUGAAGCAGAUCCGAGAAGUUCCGAUCAAAGCCGCCGCUUCUGCGCUCUCCCUUCCUAUCCAUGAGAUUGAUACCUUUACUGGAUGGACGCCUCCGUCCUCUCCGAACGGACACAUAAACUUGGUUAUUGCUGUCUCAUUUGGACUCCUUGUUCCACCGCGCAUAUUGAAUGGCUCUAAGUAUGGAGGCUUGAAUGUGCACCCUUCUAUACUACCAGAGUUCCGCGGCCCUGCACCGCUUCAUCAUACUCUUCUCGCGGGCCGGACCACCACUGGCGUGACUGUCCAGACCUUGCACCCGAAAAAAUUUGAUCAUGGAGUGAUCUUAUCUCAAACACCAGCCCCAGGUGUCGAUAUCCCCAAUGCAGAGUCCUGCACUGUUCCCGAGUUGGUGGAUUUCAUUGCACCCAAAGGAGCACAAAUGCUCGUGGAAAGCAUUGAGAAGGGACUAUUUGUUCCGCCUAUCUCAUUCGCAGGUGCUGAACAAACCGGAGAGCUGGUUCAUGCUUCCAAGAUUACCCCAGAGGACCGGCACAUUGAUUGGGCAAACUGGAACUUGACUGAAAUUAACAGACGUAAUCGUGUCAUUGGACCUCUCUGGAGCAAGGUGCUCUGCUCAACUAACCCUGCGGACGGUCCUCUGAAAUUCCAAUACAAGCGAGUGAUUUUCACAGAUACCGAGGAGGUGGAGCCACCAAUGGGAUGCAAUAUGUUCUCCAUCCUCCCAGGUCUGCCUUUUACAAACGCCUCAUAUCCUGUCGAGCCAAAGAAAUCACGGCAACUAUAUGUGUUCACUGCUGAUGGCAAAGUGCUGCGCAUCAACAGAAUGAAGGUGGAAGGGGAACAAGACGCGGAGGGUCUUCGGGCUGCUAUCAAGGCUCGAAUGUUUGGGGAUCAAGCAUUCCAAUAUGAAGGUCGGGAUCUAACUCCCUUCCGCAAUGCUUUUGUAUAA